ACCGAGACCCCGCCUUUUCAACCCCGAAAACACCCCACGGUAUUCCACACUCCACCCGAUUCAUCCCAGUUGGGCUGGUCCCAUCGAAGCUUCGCAUGGGGGUUUCCAUCACUAGCAGAAGCAAAUUAACCUUCACCUGCGUCUCCCUCCCCCAUUUAUCCCACCCGGACACGGCUGCUAAGGUAUUACCGUCGCGGUGCCGUUCAAAAUCUCCACCCCACAGGCAUAAUGCAGAACCCUGCUCCGUUUUCCGCUGCCAGCGUGGCAGUCACGUGCUCGGGCCUGGCCGAAAAGGCACGCGAGACAGCAGCUGCCGUCGACACUGUCGUCGCUGACGGCAGUGCCAGGGACCCUGCCCUGCAGAAAGAGCUGGCCUUCCUGUCGACGCGUCUCCAGCAGUUCCGCCAGCAUGUCGACCAGCUGGGUCAGUGCGUUGCCGAGGCGUCUGUCGUUUCGGCCAAGCUGCAGGCCGUGCUAGUCCAGACUCUGCCCGACUGCGACAAGACCAUCUCCAUCGUGUCCGAAGAGGUCAAGCAGGCCGGCGUCACCUCUCUUGUCCACGCCAUCGUCAUCGGCACAGUGUCCGAGUUCGAGGCCGUGCUAGCUGCCUACUCCAGGGUUUUCUUCUUUGCCACGCAGCUAGCGACCCUCGACGUCAGUGAAGAGCAGGACUCAAAGCUCGAUCAUGUCGAUGCUCAGCGGCUCUUGGAAACAGCAGGUUCCGCUGCCCAACGGGUUUCUUCGUCUCGCUCUGUUCUCCUGGUUCCAAACUAGUCAAAACAGUCUUUGGAUACUAUCUACUCGAUUCCACACAAAAAAUGGAUGAGUCCAACGAGAUAUUUUCCAUGGCUAGUGUGCACUUGAAAGCCGUAUCGAGAGCCGAAUAACACAAGGGGAGGAAUGUGAGCGCCGUGUGUCAAACCCUGUCCUCAAGAACAGAAAACACACCACGAAAAGCAAGCCUCGAUUUGAAUAU